AUGCCCAAGGGGAAACGAAGUAGAACCCGUUCUGGGUGUCUAACUUGUAGAGAUCGACAUAUGAAAUGUGAUGAACAACAACCAGUUUGUAAGAAUUGUCUUCGAUCAAAUAGAAAGUGUUACCGAGGGAUUCGAUUAAACUUUGCCCAAUACACAAUGUAUGAUCCAGAUAGUCUUGAAGAAGCAACUGGUCGCAAAAAAAGUGAAAUUGGACUUGAUAAACAAUUAUCCAACAAGUCAUAUCAUAUUAUAGAUCUGUCGAUAACAAUAGCAUCAUUAUUCAAAAACGGCCGUGCUCCGUAUACGCCAUAUAUUGGCCUUCAUACCACGGAAGAGCUCCAAGAAGCUGAAUUACAUUACCAACAUGAUAUGAAGAUUGCUGCACAACCAGACCAAGCGGUAGUUUUGGAUAGACGGACAAGUUCGUCUUCGGCCACGGAUGAUGCACUUCAUCUUAAAUCGGAUGACCCAAUCUAUAAAAGACGCGCUGGAAGUUCUUCACUUGGAGGACUAAACCAAGAUAUAAUUAGCGCCAAGCGUUCAUCAUCAAGGAAAUCAGGGAGAUCGUCUAUUGGGUCUGAUAUCGGACUUGAUACAAAUUCAGGAAAUAUCACAAAUCCUAUUAUCACGUCAUCCAUUGUUGCCACUGGCAUUCACUCUACCACAACUUCCUCUUCCAACAUAACAAGUUCUACCAGCACCACAAUCACCACCACCACAAUAGAACCGAUCCACCCUUACAAUGAUGACCUCAAGACUUUCAUACAUUUACUUCAAGACCAGAAGUAUUAUUGGCUUCUUGAUAUGUUUAAUGAAUUGAGUAUUUGGAAACUGUUUAUUCCUUCAUAUUGUAAUCGUUUAGGUGAACGAGACCCCACCGCAGGCGGUGAUGGAAACAGACCAAUUAAAUCUGGUAGUAUUGAUCAAUUAACAUCUACACUUUUAAUUAAAUGUCUUCUUUGUUGUUCACAUCAAGGAGCGAUUAAAGGUGUGAAAUCUCCUUCUUCUCCUUCUUCUCCCCCCACAUCCAAAUCAUAUUCCUCAGAUUAUCCGAAUCAUAUUAUUGAUGAACAAUAUCAAUUUUGGGUUAUGGUACAGGAUGACGAUCUGUUAAAAGGUUUACUUCAUACAGCCAUCAGUAUUGUAUUGGUAAUGGUUGGAGUAUUGGUCAGGAUAUGCAGAAUGGACCUAGAUCACAAUGAGACCGAUGACCAUGGAGCUGACACUCGUCCUAUAGAAGGGGCCACUUUUGAUAAACAUACACAGAAGAACAAACAAGGUAACAAAAUAAUCGCAUUACAGAAAAUUUUCUAUCAACAAAUUGAAUUGUUUAACAAAUUGAUCAUCAAGUUAAACCCUACUCUUACACUUUCAGGGAAAAAUACAUUUGAACAUGUUUUAUUCAUAUCCGUACUUCAUCUGGUUGUGAUCCUCAAAUUUAUUCUUCAUCAACUUCUUGAAACUCAACAAUUUCUGAAAUUAAAUACUUUUGAAAUUGAUUUAUUACUCUCUCCUAAAAAGUAUGAAUAUACUCAACUUCUGAUUCAGAAAGAUGAACCAAAAUCCGAGGAAGAAUUUUCUGAUACAGGGUUAGAAAGACCGAGACGAAGAGGUCGUACUGGGUCCACCGGUGUCAAUGUCAGUGUUAGUGCAAGUGUAAGCUCCAUCGGAACCAGUGCUAGUGGGAGUAGUAGUGUCAGUGGACAAGUAUCAAAUGCUCCAUCAGUUGGAUCAUCUGAGACCGCAAGUACUGAAAAUAGUAAUUAUGGGGGUAAAGUGUCUGAACUUAAUCCUACCACUAUUGGCCCAUCGUACAAAUCAGAAUCGUUCAAGUUACGAAAUCAUUUUUGGUCUCUUAUUAAAAUGGAUCAUAUCAAUCGGUUUAAGGAUAACACGUUCCCUGUACAAGAUCAUCUGUUCAUUUAUUCAUCAACAAUGCAAAUAAGAUUACCAAAUGAAAGUACACACCCACAAAAGGAUACAUUGCUUCUGGUACUUCCAAAUGACAGAGCUAUUGUCAUCAACUUAACUCGGGAAUAUAUGAAAAAAAUUGUCAAUAAGGACGAUAAAAAUGUCAUUAACUUGGCUAAUGCAAAGAUUAAUGGGAUUUUUCAUACAAUUAAAUUAUCAUUAACUGAUGAUGAGGUGAAACGUCAAUGGAAAUCGAUUUUUUCGUGGGUGAAACGCUAA